UCGAAAAUCGAGUCUAAACGCGCAUCAGAUCGAUGCACAUAUCGAUGCGAAACUUUACAAGUGUGACCAAUGUGAGGAAAGUUUCAUAUUAAAACAAUUGUUGCAUUAUCAUAUAAAUGCGAAGCACAACGCUAAAACACCGUACAAAUGUCCAGCUACAUUUGCCUAUCGUCGGACCUCCUCGGAAGCUUUAAGACAAAGUAAUAGAGACGUACAUACUGUAGAUAAACCUCGUAGAUGCGGAAUGUGUAGUGAAACGUUUAAAUAUAAAAGUGAUUUGCAUAGGCAUGAGAGAACUCAUACAGGUGAAAAACCAUAUCAAUGCGAGGUUUGUGAUAAAUCAUUUAGUCAAAAAUCGAAUCUAGACAGGCACAAGAGAGAGAUACAUGACAAUGAAAAACUUUACAAGUGUGCCCAAUGUGAGAACUGUUAUGCAACAAAACAAAGUUUGCAUUAUCAUAUAAACAUGAAGCACAACGGUGAAAAACCGUAUAAAUGUAACGAAUAUCCAACUACAUUUAUCUAUAUUCCAUUCGAUAUUACUCAUACAAAAAUACAUAGAGAUGAGGAACUACAUCUUUGCGAG